UUGCCGAUCGAAGAGGAGAAGACGAGGAGACGAGGAGAAACAAGUUGUUGAAUCAGAUCGUAUCCUUGCAUACUGUAUUUCUCAAUAAAGUUUUUGAAUCACGUUACAUUUCAGUCAUUGGGAAUCUAUUGACAUAUAUCUUUUGUGUCAAGCAGGCUUUGUUAAGUUCAAGGAUGACUUCAUUCGGUCGCGGUCGGGGAUGGUCCAGUCAAAACCAGAGUCAGGACAAGGAUCAGGGGCUACGUAGACCAGGAGGAAGCACGUCCAGUAAUAACAAGGUGCUGAAGGAUAUAAUAGAAAAGAUAACUUUAUACAAUGAGAAUGAGGACAGUUUAAUCGAGGAUAUCAUGAAGCUGUUGAUUAUUGUAAUCAAAGAGGAUAAUCUGAGAUCUGUAUGCGACUCUCUUUGGAAGCAGGCUAUAUACCACUCCUUGACCACAAAAAUAGCAAUAAUAUUCAGCAGUGUCCCGAUUAUUCGAUUAGAAGAUAAUAAUGAAAAUUCUAUACGAAGCCUCUUCUUGCGUUUCCUUCAGGAUAAUUAUAUAUCUAAACAAAAAGAUAGAGCAGAGGAUCAAAGAGCAUUUGCCAAUAAAGCUUUACUUCAUGCAGAUGUUUACUAUCACAUGAAAUUGUCCAAUGGAAAUAGAUUGAAAGUAUUGGCUGAACCCUUAAUUCAAUAUAUGGAAGAUCUGCUGCAAGAUAAUCCUAAGGAUAAUAUUUAUUUCGUCAUGAAACAGAUACUUAGAUCUGGUAAAGAUCUUUAUGCAGUAUGCCCAAAUGGAUUAGAGAAUUUAAUAAUGACAAUCAGGCAAUUGAUAAUAGAUGAAAACUUCCCGAAGCUCAGUCCCGAAAACUAUGCGGCAUUAUUACUAAUCGUAGAGUUAGCCAAUAACGACUAUGAAAUUAAAGACACACGGUUAAUAAAUUUUUAUUUCUCAAAUAUCAAGUCUCUCUCUUUUGAGUCUCCAUCUUCUCAAAAACAAUUAAAAAUGAUCGUAACGACAAAGACUGAAAAUGAUAAUCAAUUGUGGGAAGUUGAGAAUAAUCAACAAAUUGUAAAAGAAGAAGUAAAAAAUGAUGUUCCUGAACAUGGCAAUUAUGCAAAAAAUACUAACGUCCCAAGAGCGAUACGCGGCUCAGGUGCACUGGAUAAGCCAAAAAAAGGAACUGAUAUUAAUGCAAAAUCAAAUUCAUUGAAGACAACUCUACCGAGAGAAAGAAACAAGGCUUGGGGUCACGAUGAUAGAUUUCAUGAACAUUAUGAAUAAAUAUUUAUCUUGUAUAAGGCAUUUCUAUGCAGUAAUGGCAGUUAUAAAACUUUUUUUAUAUUGUAAUUGGCACAGAAAAUAAAUAUAGUUAUGGAAAAAGAUUUAUAGAAUGAUCAUGGAUGUACGUAUACACGACAUACAUAUAUAUUAUCAUGAUUGAAAUCAAAACACAAGAAAAACGUACUAGGUUUUUUUCUUCAACAGAUAAGAAAGCAGUUCUAUUUUGUAUUAUUUUAGUGUCAAAAAAUUACUGACAUGCUGUAAUGGGCUAUUAUUAUGUACUUUUUUAUCCUCUAUUCAGAAAACUGUUUCCGAAAUGUGUUUUAUGUGAGAUUAUUUUUAUGAAGACAUCACACGCGCGCGCGCACACACACACACACACACACACAUUUACAAC